ACUGCAAAACAUUUCCAAACUAUUAACAAAAGCCAGGCGUACUCAGCGUUCGUAUAUUGUCCAUAAAAAGCAGACCACCUUCUAAAAACUCUCUUUAAAGCCUCUCCAUUUUCCCUCUAACCUAAAAUUUCAAUCUAUCGCUCUUGAACUUAGUCACAGUCAGAGUGAGUCUCAGGUAGCUUUUUUUGGCUCUUGGCUCCCUCGCCAGCUCAGCAUUUCUGAUUUGAAUAUUUUUUAAACUUAUUUUCUCCAAACCCCUCAAAUCAGACAUUCGUAAACCCUAGAAUCAUUCAUCAUCAGAAUGGAGUGGAAUCCAGAAACUCUCCAGAACCUUUCUCAGUGCUUUCUCCACACGCUAUCUCCGUCCCCCGAGCCGCGCCGCGCAGCCGAAAAAUCUUUAGCCGAAGCCGCGGAGAGGCCCAACUACGGUCUCGCAGUUCUCCGCUUGGUAGCCGAGCCAACAGUGGAUGACCAGAUUCGCCAAGCCGCCGCUGUCAACUUCAAGAACCACCUACGCUCUCGCUGGGCCCCUUCCCCUGACACUGGUUCCACUGCAAUACUGGAUCCCGAGAAGGAGCAAAUCAAAGCCCUAAUCGUGACUCUUAUGCUCACUUCGACGCCGCGAAUCCAGAGUCAGCUCAGCGAAGCCCUAGCCGUCAUUGGCAAGCACGAUUUCCCCAAAUCUUGGCCUACUUUACUUCCCGAACUCGUCGCCAAUCUCAAAAAAGCGUCUGAAUCCAAUGAUUACGUUUCCGUCAACGGUAUUCUCGGAACUGCCAACUCUAUUUUUAAGAAAUUUCGAUACCAGUACAAAACAAAUGAGCUUUUGCUAGAUUUGAAAUACUGUCUCGAUAAUUUUGCCGCUCCGUUAUUAGAAAUUUUUCUCAAAACUGCUGCAUUAAUUGAUUCAACUGCGAGUUCCGGUGCGUCGGCUGCAACUCUUAAGUUGCUGUUGGAGUCUCAAAGAUUGUGUUGUAGGAUAUUUUAUUCGCUGAAUUACCAAGAAUUGCCUGAAUUUUUUGAGGAUCAUAUGAGUGAGUGGAUGAGUGAGUUCAAGAAAUAUCUAACAACAAAUUAUCCCACACUUGAGAGUAGUAAUGAUGGACUCGGGCAGGUUGAUGAGCUUAGGGCUGCAGUAUGUGAGAAUAUCAGUCUUUAUAUGAAAAUUAAUGAGGAAGAGUUUCAGGGGUACUUAAAUGAUUUUGCUCUUGCUGUCUGGACUUUACUAGGGAAUGUGUCGCAGUCUUCUAGUCGUGAUACGUUAGCUGUUACUGCAAUUAAGUUUUUGACUGCUGUGAGUACAAGUGUGCACCACACGUUGUUUUCGGGUGAAGGAGUGAUACCUCAGAUUUGUCAGAGUAUUGUGAUUCCAAAUGUGAGGUUGAGAGACGAGGAUGAAGAGCUUUUUGAGAUGAAUUAUGUUGAGUUUAUUAGGAGGGAUAUGGAGGGUAGUGAUGUUGAUACUAGGAGGAGGAUUGCAUGUGAACUACUUAAAGGUAUUGCAACACAUUAUAAGCAAAAGGUAAUGGAAAUAGUUUCAGUUCAAGUACAGAAUCUAUUAAGCUCAUUUGUAGCUAACCCUGUUGUAAAUUGGAAAGACAAGGAUUGUGCCAUAUAUUUAGUUGUUGCACUUGCCACGAAGAAGGCUGGGGGCACUUCUGUUACAACUGAUCUUGUUGAUGUUCAGGGCUUCUUUACAUCAGUUAUUGUUCCAGAGUUGCAAAGUCAGGAUGUGAAUGCAUUUCCGAUGCUUAAAGCAGGUGCUCUUAAGUUCUUUACAAUGUUUCGAAGUCAGAUACCAAAGCUCCAUGCAUUUCAAUUGUUUCCAGACUUGGUUCGGUUCCUUGGUGCAGAGUCAAAUGUGGUUCAUUCUUAUGCUGCUAGUUGUAUAGAAAAACUCUUGCUGGUCAAGGAUGAGGAUGGAAGAGCAAGGUACAAUUCGGCGGAUAUAACCCCAUAUCUGCCAUUGCUGAUGACCAACCUUUUUAAUGCCCUGAAGUUUCCAGAAUCUGAGGAGAAUCAAUACAUAAUGAAGUGUAUAAUGCGGACUCUUGGGGUUGCAGAUAUUUCCAGCGAGGUUGCUGGACCUUGCAUUACUGGUUUGACAACUAUUCUGAAUGAAAUUUGCAAAAAUCCAAAAAAUCCAAUUUUUAAUCACUACCUCUUUGAGUCAGUAGCUGUUCUUGUCAGACGAGCAUGCCAGAGGGAUCCCUCUCUCAUAUCAGCUUUUGAAGCAAGCAUUCUGCCCAGCCUCCAGAUGAUCUUGCAAAAUGAUGUGAUUGAGUUCUUGCCGUAUGCAUUCCAGCUGUUGGCUCAGCUUGUUGAGUUGAAUAGGCCACCUGUUGCCCCGAACUAUAUGGAGAUUUUUAAGCUUCUCCUUCUGCCUGAAUCAUGGAAGAGAUCUUCGAAUGUUCCAGCUCUUGUGCGUUUGCUUCAGGCCUUCCUUCAGAAGGUACCUCAUGAAAUCACCCAAGAAGGCAGGCUGAGCCAGGUGCUUGGGAUAUUCAACAUGCUUGUUGCAUCCCCUAGCACUGAUGAGCAAGGCUUCUAUGUGCUCAACACUGUUAUUGAGUGUCUUGAAUAUAAUGCCAUUUCUUCAUACAUUGUUCACAUCUGGAAUGCCCUUUUUACACGCCUCCAGAAGAAUCGGACAAUCAAGUUUAUCAAGUCCUUUCUGAUUUUUAUGUCACUGUUUCUGAUCAAGCAUGGUUCUGUAAACCUUGUCAAUACAAUGAAUGCUGUUCAGUCUGGCGUAUUUUUAGUAAUUGUAGAGCAGUUUUGGAUACCAAAUCUUAAGUUGAUCACAGGUUCUAUUGAAGUUAAGCUGACUGCUGUUGCUUCAACCAGGCUUAUCUGUGAAUCUCCAGUGUUUUUGGAUGGUGGUGCUCUAAGUCUCUGGGGGAAGAUGCUGGACAGCAUUGUUACCCUUCUUUCACGGCCAGAGGAGGAAAGAGUUGAAGAGGAACCUGAAAUGCCAGAUAUUGCUGAAAAUGUGGGUUAUACCGCUGCAUUUGUUAGCCUUUACAAUGCUGGGAAGAAAGAAGAGGAUCCUUUAAAGGAUAUAAGGGAUCCAAAGGAAUUCCUGGUAGCAUCAUUGGCAAGGAUUUCUGCCACAUCCCCUGGGAGGUACCCCCAGAUCAUCAGUGCAAAUCUUGAGGCAGCAAAUCAGACAACAUUGCUUCAGCUUUGCAACAAUUACAAUUCACCUAUAGUUUGAGAUAUGAUUCUGCAUGAAAUCUCCUUUUGGGCGUUAGUCUCGUCUAAGUUUUGAUCAGCUUGCCUAUGUAACCUGACGGUACUUUAUACUAUGUGACUGAACAUUGUCAAGAAUUAAUCUUCCAUUUUUGCAAUUUCUGGGGAUCCGAAUGAUGGGAGUUUUGUUAUUACAUUUGCUCUCCAAGUUAUCCGUGCAUGGUUAGCAAAUGGUCAUUCCAGUGUGGUUAAUUAAGUUCUGGGGUAGAUAAGCCCCAUUCUAU